GUAAAUGGAUGGCCUCCAUUUCUAUAGACAUGAUAGAACAAAACGUCAACAUUUCAUCCUGAAAAAAAUAUAAACGUGGGUCAAAGAAGCCCCUUGAGAACACCGCAAUCGAUUUUAAAAGAAAGAGGAGUUAUGAUUUGAUAUAGGUUUAUGUGGAAUGAAGGAUAAAACUUUGAAGGUGCUUUCAGUAGAUCAUAGGUAAAACAAACUGUAAGGAGGAUUGUAGUACAAAUGGGCAAGUGUUUCUCCUGUGAAGAACCAAACCAUCCAGCUCAGAAUGGCCAACCACGCUCAUCGGAAUCUGUUCGAAACACUCAGUCUUAUCAUCGCGCCUCGCAACAAUCGACUCACAUGUCUGACACGAAAGCAACAGCACACAGUGCAUCUGUUGAGCGAAGUGAUUCAGAGAAACGAUCCGGCUACCAGUACCCUAAAUUACCUCCGAUUAGAAAAUCUAGUGGAGAUUCCAAACGUUUGUCCCUCACACUUAGGGACUACUCAGAGAGUAAAAUUAACUCCCUAUUUGAACAGUAUAAAGAGCCGGACGAGGACGUUAUUUUAGCAGAGGGAGUUGAGAGGUUUUGUUGUGAUCUUGACGUCAAACCUGAUGACUUUCGCAUUCUGGUGCUUGCUUGGAAGUUUCAAGCAGAUACAAUGUGUCGUUUUACUCGCCCUCAGUUUAUUUCCGGCUGCAAAUCACUGAAAGUUGACUCCAUUAAGGGAAUACAGUCCAAAUUCCCUGAUAUGUUACUGGAAGUACAAAACAAAGACGCUUUCAAAGAGUUUUAUAGGUGGACUUACAAGUUUGGUUUAGACGCUGAAAUCGGACAAAGAACUUUACCGGCCGACUUGGCUAGAGAUUUAUGGAAAUUGGUAUUCUCACAAACUGAACCUCAAAUUCUUAAAAGGUGGAUAUUCUUCCUUGAGCAACAUCCUUGUAUUCGCGGAGUGCCAAAAGACACUUGGGACAUGUUUCUGAACUUCACCGAAAUUGUCGGAGAAGAUUUGACCACUUAUGAUGAUACUGAGGCGUGGCCUAGUCUUUUUGAUGACUUUGUAGAAUAUGAAAAUGAUCGCCAAAAUCAGAAUAUUGAACCUAGCAAAGAAUGACAUAUUAGUGUAUUCUCAUGUCAAUAAUAGUACUGUAAUUCAUAUUCAUGAUGCUGAAAACAUGGUCUUAGCUCUGUAUAAAAGUGUCAAAACAUUCUGGAGUUGUCCACUAUAGUACAGGAAAAGUUGCAAUUCAUAUCCUAUCUAGGUCGACAAUGCUCUUGUAAUCCAUAAAAUUCUCCUUUUGUGUCCUUUAAAUUACCAGCACAGCACUUACGUUUGAUUUUUAUUGUAUAGAGACAUUUCUUUUUCUCAGAAAUAUCCUAGCCAUGUUUUCAGCACUCUUAGUCAUUAAAUUCAGCUGUGCUUUACUGACGACUGAUGUGUAUACAUGAAUUUUCUGCUUUACAGGUACAUGUAGAUAUAAUCUGCAGCAUUAUAAGUUGAUAUCAUUCAUGAAUGAUCUCGAUAUUUAAUCAUUCAAAAAUAUACAGUUUCAGACAUCAUUUUAUCAGACGUCAGUUUGAUGCAGUAGCGCUUGACAAAUGGGACAACCAGAAAAAGUAUGGUUCGACCACUUUGUUGUGCAGUUGUCUAUACAUGCAGGCAAACAGAAAUAAUUAUCGACAAUUAAAUCGUCCAUCAGUAUUUGUCAUUGCACAGUUGGUACAAAUUGUGGUUUAAUGAGCCUCUGGAAGGAUGCCGUCAGUCGGCAGUUGUUAUUGGAUAAUGACAUAAAUGGUGUCUAUAAAAGGGGUAUUGUUUGUGAAUGUGAGAAACAUCUUCGCACAGCAUUAUGUCAAUUUUUACCCUUUGGCUUUGAAUGACUCCAUCUUUGCAAGAUUUUUCACUGUCAUUGGAUAUGUUAUUUUAUUUAUUACAUGAAUCACUCGAUCGUUUUUGAUGAAAACAUAUCCAGUGUACAUUUUAUGCGAUGCAACAAGCACAUAUAUGUGCCGGGUGAGACUGAGAGUUCAGUUAACGAGUGCCAAAUUUCCAAAGUUUGUAAAAACUGCAGGUUGUCAAUGUCAUCCAACACAACAGGCAACACAGAACAGCCGACAGUGGUACAAACAGUUGACACGAUAGUACAUGUAGUAUGUUGAUUGUAUCAAUAUAUGUAUUUGUACAUGUACAUUGGAUGCUCGGAUGUGUUUUCAAAAAGGGACGGCAAAAAGUGAUGUCUCCUGUUCGUGGGGAGACUUUAAUUUCAUGACUGAGGAUGCAAGUUUUAAAAACAGGACAUGUAUAAAUCGUGUACAUGUGCUGCGUAAUCAUAUGCUAAAGUCUGCAAUUAUCUAUUAUUUUGCUUUUGUGCAAUGCUCAGGAGCUCUGUGUGAUCCAGCUGAUAUAUUUAUUACGUACGGUAUAAACAAUAACAACAGUAAAAGCUUCAAAUAACUUCUGCUGUGGCUAGUAUUAUUUAUAAUCAGAAAUUGCGAAGUCCAACCAGCAGACGAAGCAAUUACGAAUGGACUAUAAUGAAUAUGUCUAUUGAUUAUUUUGUGAUUUUCUGCGGCCUGUUCUUAUUUAGUUUCCGUGCCGUGUAUUGAUCUAAUUAAAUCAUCAGAGCUAAAAAUAGUGCAAUGGUUCAAGCAGAACAGCAAUCUAGAAUCAAGCCGAGUUUAAGUGGAAGUCACAUGUCUUGCUUUAUGUGUUGUCACAUGACUUGCUUCAUGUGUCACACAUCAAGUGGGAAAUGAAUAAAACCUUCAUUUCCUAUGUGAAGUCUACUUGCAUGUUGGUAUGUGUCACACUGAAAGUUCUUGUGUUAACCCCUGACUUGCGUGACACAUGAACUAUACAGUGUAGAACGUGAUAAUGUGACGUUUUUGUGAACUAAGACUUAUAAAUAGGAAAUCAGGCCAACAUGUCUUCUCAGUAAAUAUCAUAUUCUAAAACACCUUGAUGACAAAGAACCACAUUUUACAGUGCAUGAUGCACUAUGGGCCUACUGUGCCUUGGUUUGACUGUAGCGGUUAUGGUUGCCUCCAUUAAUGCUAGUGUUAAAGCAAAAUAUGGAAAAUACCAAUAAGCAGCCAAAUCACAUUACAUUGUUUUUAGUUUGAGGUGUUUUAGAAUAGAAAUUGAUACCUCCCUGCCGAUGUUGGUUGACUCACCAAACACCACUUUGGUGGAGCUGUUUGGUGAGACAACCAAUACCUCCAGUUCGGUAUCAUUGGCAAAAAUGCGUGUAGAGUCGGCACUGUUUAAAGUCCAGUUUAAGUUCCAAGUCCUUCUAAAGGAGGAGUCUGCUCAUCAAUUCCAAAUAGGGAUAGAGCAUAAAUUGCUACUGAUACAUCUGCAAUAUUUUUACUGGUUAUGUCCGUGAUCUGCUCUUGAUAUGGAGUAAUGGAUGCUAAAAGCACAAUCUAGUCACCUGUACAUUUUGUACUUUAUCCAUUUGUGUGUAACUUGACAUAUGGAACAUACGCUUCUCUAUGUUUUAGGUGUCUGUUAUUUGGCCGAGUUGCAUCUUGUCGGGAUCUUUUAUGUAGAUGUUGUAAUAUUAUAUCACGGAUAAU